GCUCGCUCUCAUUUUUUCCUGCUGCUGCUGCUGCCGCGACGCCGCCGGGCGCCUGCAUCUCGGCCGGCUGUGCUGGCUGGUCGGCUCCCGCUCCACUCGCUUCCCGGCCCGGAGCCCUCGGCCGGACCCCGCUCCCCGGAGCCGCCUCGCCCGCUCGCUCCGGCUCGGACGCUGGGCUCUGCGGCGGCCGGAGCAGGGCUGGCCGCCGCCGCCUAGCUCGCUCGCUCGCUCUCGCUGGAGCAGCAGCCGAACGCCGCGCGCUUGGCGGCGGCUCUGGCCGGGCAGCCGGCCGCUCGUCUCCGCUGCGUCCCGGACUCCGGGCGGCUCCGCGCCCGGCUCGGUCCGCAGCGUCAGCGCCGCCCGCCGCGGCCCGGGCUCUGGGCGCCGCGAGAACCGAGCCUCCGGCCGCCGCCACCCUGCGCCCCCGGGGCAGGCGCGCGCGCAACCGACCCCUCGCCGCGGCUCAGACCUCGUCGGCGCGCGGUGGUAGGAGAAGAGCCUUGGAGCUGUUUUCUCCUUGAUGCCAGGCUACGCCAAGCGAGGAGCACGCUCCUCUUUUCACAGUCAUCCACCAAGAACAGGCCUGCAGGACGUGGGGACCAAGACUAGAGCUUUGCCGUGCCCUGGCCACGCCCUGCCACCUGUCGGCAUGGAUUGUGCUGGCAACUGAGCAUCGCCUGAGAGGCGGGGAGCACCAGCAUGGUUCACCCUGUUGGCUGCCCUCAGCCACCCCGCUGCUGAAGCUGCCCUGGAGAGACUUGUGUGGGCUGCUCUGCCCACGCUCACCCAGGCCAUGGGGCCAGGGGCCUGCCAAGGCUAGGAGUGAGACCUGCCGUUCAUGGGUCUCUAGGGAUUUCUGAGAUGCCUGGGAAGAGAGGCUGGGGUUGGUGGUGGGCCCGGCUGCCCCUUUGCCUGCUCCUUAGCCUUUAUGGCCCCUGGGUGCCUUCCUCCCUGGGGAAGCCCAAGGGCCACCCCCACAUGAAUUCCAUCCGCAUAGACGGGGACAUCACACUGGGAGGCCUGUUCCCGGUGCACGGCCGGGGCUCAGAGGGCAAGGCCUGCGGAGAACUUAAGAAAGAAAAGGGCAUCCACCGCCUGGAGGCCAUGCUCUUUGCUCUGGAUCGCAUCAACAAUGACCCGGACCUGCUGCCCAACAUCACGCUGGGCGCCCGCAUUCUGGACACCUGCUCCAGGGACACCCAUGCCCUCGAGCAGUCUCUGACCUUUGUGCAGGCGCUCAUCGAGAAGGACGGCACAGAGGUCCGCUGUGGCAACGGUGGCCCGCCCAUCAUCACCAAGCCUGAACGCGUGGUGGGUGUCAUCGGUGCUUCAGGGAGCUCCGUCUCCAUCAUGGUGGCCAACAUCCUUCGCCUCUUCAAGAUCCCCCAGAUCAGCUACGCCUCCACAGCCCCCGACCUGAGUGACAACAGCCGCUAUGACUUCUUCUCCCGCGUGGUGCCCUCGGACACGUACCAGGCCCAGGCCAUGGUGGACAUCGUCCGUGCUCUCAAGUGGAACUACGUCUCCACGCUGGCCUCGGAGGGCAGCUACGGCGAGAGUGGCGUGGAGGCCUUCAUCCAGAAGUCCCGGGAGGACGGGGGCGUGUGCAUCGCCCAGUCGGUGAAGAUACCGCGGGAGCCUAAGCCCGGGGAGUUUGACAAGAUCAUCCGGCGCCUCCUGGAGACCUCGAACGCCAGGGCUGUCAUCAUCUUUGCUAAUGAGGAUGACAUCAGGCGUGUGCUGGAGGCGGCACGGAAGGCCAACCAGACGGGCCACUUCUUCUGGAUGGGCUCGGACAGCUGGGGCUCCAAGAUCGCACCUGUGCUGCACCUGGAGGAGGUGGCCGAGGGCGCUGUCACUAUCCUCCCCAAGAGGAUGUCCGUCCGAGGCUUCGACCGCUACUUCUCCAGCCGCACGCUGGACAACAACCGGCGCAACAUCUGGUUUGCCGAGUUCUGGGAGGACAACUUCCACUGCAAGCUGAGCCGCCACGCGCUCAAGAAGGGCAGCCACGUCAGGAAGUGCACCAACCGCGAGCGAAUUGGGCAGGACUCAGCGUACGAGCAGGAGGGGAAGGUGCAGUUUGUGAUCGAUGCUGUGUACGCCAUGGGCCACGCGCUGCACGCCAUGCACCGCGACCUGUGUCCAGGCCGUGUGGGGCUCUGCCCACGCAUGGACCCCGUGGACGGCACCCAGCUGCUCAAGUACAUCCGCAGCGUCAACUUCUCAGGCAUUGCGGGGAACCCCGUGACCUUCAAUGAGAAUGGAGACGCGCCCGGGCGCUACGACAUCUACCAGUACCAGUUGCGCAACGGCUCUGCCGAGUACAAGGUCAUCGGCUCCUGGACUGACCACCUGCACCUCAGAAUAGAGCGGAUGCACUGGCCGGGGAGUGGGCAGCAGCUGCCCCGCUCCAUCUGCAGCCUGCCCUGCCAGCCGGGCGAGCGGAAGAAGACGGUGAAGGGCAUGCCCUGCUGCUGGCACUGCGAGCCCUGCACUGGGUACCAGUACCAGGUAGACCGCUACACCUGUAAGACGUGUCCCUACGACAUGCGGCCCACAGAGAACCGCACGGGCUGCCGGCCCAUCCCCAUCAUCAAGCUUGAGUGGGACUCACCCUGGGCCGUGCUACCCCUCUUCCUGGCCGUGGUGGGCAUCGCUGCCACGCUCUUCGUGGUGGUCACCUUCGUGCGCUACAAUGACACGCCCAUCGUCAAGGCCUCGGGCCGCGAGCUGAGCUAUGUGCUGCUGGCGGGCAUCUUCCUGUGCUACACCACCACCUUCCUCAUGAUCGCUGAGCCCGACCUGGGCACCUGCUCUCUGCGCCGCAUCUUCCUGGGGCUGGGCAUGAGCAUCAGCUACGCGGCCCUGCUCACCAAGACCAACCGCAUCUACCGCAUCUUCGAGCAGGGCAAGCGGUCGGUCAGCGCCCCGCGCUUCAUCAGCCCCGCCUCGCAGCUGGCCAUCACCUUCAGCCUCAUCUCCCUGCAGCUGCUGGGCAUCUGCGUGUGGUUUGUGGUGGACCCCUCCCACUCGGUGGUGGACUUCCAGGACCAGCGGACGCUCGACCCCCGCUUCGCCAGGGGUGUGCUCAAGUGCGACAUCUCGGACCUGUCGCUCAUCUGCCUGCUGGGCUACAGCAUGCUGCUCAUGGUCACGUGCACCGUGUACGCCAUUAAGACACGCGGCGUGCCCGAGACCUUCAACGAGGCCAAGCCCAUUGGCUUCACCAUGUACACCACCUGCAUCGUCUGGCUCGCCUUCAUCCCCAUCUUCUUCGGCACCUCGCAGUCAGCAGACAAGCGCUGGCCACCAAACAGACCUACGUCAGCUACACCAACCAUGCAAUCUAGCUGGGCCGCCGGAGCCGACCAGGAGGAGGAGGAACCGAGGCCCUUGUGGAUGGCAUGUCAGGCCAGGGCCACUCCCAGGGGCCCAGCUGAUGUCCUGCCUGCCCGUGGGCGCCCACGGACGUGGCUUGGUGCUGAGGACAGCAGAGCCCGGCGGUCACUGCUGGGCAGCCUGGGCAAGCCGGGCAGGUGACAGAGGAGGAUGAGGGGCGGGGUAGCUUCACGCCACCCCAGGAGCCCGCGUCUUGGACCACGGCCCCUCCCAGCCCCAAACCACAGGGGCUCAGGGUGUGAGGGCCCAAGUGCUGGUUUUCUGUCUCCCUCCGUCUCUGCCUGCCCCACUGGUGACCUCUCAGUCUGUCUCCUCAUCUUUAUUUUCUCAUUUCUUUGUGUCACCGCCUUUUUUCUCUGUGUGUCUCUGUCCCUCUGCACUCUCUGCUUUUUCUGCGUCGCCUUCUUUCUGCUUCCACGUCCCCUCAGUCUCCAUCUCCAGGUCUCUCCCGUUUUUCUCUUGUGCUCCACCUGGGUCUCUCCUCUUGUGCAUUUUUCUUCCUGUCCUCGGCCCCCUCCUCACCUUCACUUACAUCCAGCCUUUGCUCCCUUUCCCGGCCAUCCUUUCCUAAUUCACCAAAUCGUACAUGUCACAAAAGAGAAAAAAGGAAAAAAAAAAUCAAAACACAAAAAAGCCAAAACAAAAAUCUCAAGUGUGUUGCAAAGUGCUGCGUCCUCCUGGUGGCCUCUGUGUGUGUCCCCGUGGCCCGCAGC